GGCCUGGCCUUUCCUUCGAAGCCCUUCAGUGGCUAGUGCUUGAUGAAGCAGACAGGCUGCUCAGACAGUCCUACCAUGGUUGGCUCGAGGUCUCUAGGCUUCUUGCAGCACUAAGAGAGGGGCCCUUCCAGAGGGGCCCCUGGAGGCCCCCCUCUGGGGGCCCCCUGGGGGCCCCCCAGGAGGGCCCCCUGGGGGGCCCCCAGGGGGGCCCCGGAGCUCAAGAUGAAGUCAAUGGGCUGCUUCAGGCGCCGCCAGUCAGAAAGAUUCUCCUGUCGGCAACAAUGACUCGAAAUCCGAAGGCCCUGCACGACCUGCAGCUUCACAAGCCUCUGUUCUUCUUUUGCUCCGCCACAGGGGCAGCACAGACCCCCCAGGGGCUGCAGCAGCGGUAUGUUUUGUGCAAAGCGGAGCGGAGGCCCCUGGUGCUGCUGGCGCUGCUGUACCAGCUAGCCAACAGCGCAGCAGCAGCAGCAGCAGCAGCAGCAGCAGCAGGAAGCCCCAGCCCCAAGGCGUCUGCGCAAAAGGGAGUUCUCCGAGUUGUUAUAUUUUGCGCUUCUCGGCGAGCAGCUCACAGACUCUCUCGUUUGCUGCAGCUGCAUUUUUCGUCCCCCGAGAGGUGCAUACAUCAUACGCGCCCUGAGGCUGAAAGAGUUUGUGCCGCCCUUUGA